CGGAGAGAGAGGGAGAGAGGGAGAGACAGAGAGAGGGAGGAGGCAGCAGGGGGCUGAGCUGAUCCCACGUGUGACGCUUUCAUUCCCGGCUCAGUAAUAUUCUCAUAGCGGGGUAUUGUCUAUCUUCUGUAGUAUCUGUGUGCGUCUGUCACUGUCUGGUGUGGUCUUAUUAUUAUAGUUUGGAAUAGAUAAUGGAAGGAGACGGGAGUCAAGCCACAUCCGGAAGCUUAAAUGACUCGCAACAUGACCCGGGUAAAAUGUUUAUCGGUGGCCUGAGCUGGCAAACCUCACCAGACAGCCUUAAAGACUAUUUUAGUAAAUUCGGUGAAAUAAGGGAAUGUAUGGUGAUGAGAGACCCCACGACAAAACGCUCAAGAGGAUUUGGGUUCGUCACAUUCACAGAUGCUGCCACUGUAGAUAAAGUCUUAGCUCAACAACACCACGAAUUAGACUCUAAGACGAUUGAUCCCAAGGUUGCCUUUCCCCGUCGUACCCAGCCUAAGAUGGUAACGAGAACAAAGAAAAUAUUUGUAGGUGGUUUGUCGGCCAACACAGUAGUGGAAGAUGUCAAGCAGUAUUUUGAACAAUAUGGGAAGGUUGAUGACGCCAUGCUAAUGUUUGAUAAAACUACUAACAGACAUAGAGGAUUUGGUUUCAUCACUUUUGAGAGUGAAGACAUCGUAGAGAAAGUCUGUGAAAUACAUUUUCAUGAAAUCAAUAACAAAAUGGUAGAAUGUAAGAAGGCCCAGCCCAAGGAGGUGAUGUUUCCACCAGGUACUCGAGUACGAGCCAGGGGUCUGCCCUACAAAAUUCACUCCAAAAACAGAAUGUUGGGACUUGGUGCAUUAAGUUAUCCCAACAUUGUGGCAACAUAUGGCCGUGGAUACAGUGGAUUUGCACCGAGCUACAGCUAUCAGUUCCCUGGAUUCCAAGCAACAGCAUAUGGACCAGUGGCAGCAGCAGCAGUAGCAGCAGUGCGUGGCUCAGGCCUCCCUGAUUAUGGGUUUUACUCGACGCCUAGUGACCACAGGGGGGGGCCCUGCUCCUUUGCUGACUACGGCUCCCUUGGGCCCCAAGCAGCUCAGAUGCUUCACAGUGAGCACCAUGCCACCUCUGCCUGCAACUCCCCCCUGCAGCACCUUCACAGCCCGGAUCAGUUUAAAAACCCAGGCACUAACCCAUCCAGACCUGGAGGAUUUCCUGCCACCAACAGUCCUGGGCCUGUGGCUGACCUGUAUGGACCCAGCAGCCAGGACUCUUCUGUGGGCAACUAUAUCAGUGCUGCUAGCCCUCAGCCUGGACCUGGCUUCGGUCCCAGUAUCACAGGUCCGUUGAUUGCUACAGCUUUUACAAAUGGAUACCAUUGAGCAGGUGGUCUGUCGCCAACUCAGAGAUUAUAUCUGGUGGCCUGGGAAACACAGGAUGAAGUAUUUAACUGGCUCUGAGUUUAGAUAAUACUCGACCAACAUUCAGUACAACAGAUGAAAAAAAGCAGAGCUGGAAACCACACGGGAAAGACACGGAGAGAGAAAGAAGAGAAGGAAGAAAAGAAAAGUAACAACUGCUGUACAAUAAUCUAAACCUCGUACCGUCAGGAGCUGGGUUUGGACUUGUGUUUUUACCUGAUGUCUUCUUUCCUUCCUCUGCAUUUCCUUUGACUUACUGGAGAUUUUAUUGGAGAAUUUUGUUUUUAUCUCAUUCUAGUAUGUUGCUGUAAACUGAUUUUUUUUUUUUUUUUUUUGCCGUGCAGUGGAAGAAGAGAGGCGGGUAUUGCCGAGAAUGUCUGCAGGUUAUGUUUCCAUCAUUGUAUCUGUUGGUGUAGAUGGGAAACGAUGGGAAUCACAUUUAGUCUUCCCAAAGAGAAGAGUGAAGCUAGGGAAGAGACAAUGAGGGAAGAUAAGUUAAUGAGGGUAUCUAAGUAAUAAUUACUAAUCUUAGUAGUUGUUUUAUUUCCUGUGCUGUCUCAUCGUUAACCAUAAUUACCUACUUUUGGGCAAUACAAAGAGGACUGAAAUAUUUUUACGGUCCUUUUUUUUAUAAGUGUUGUUUUGGUUGUUUAUAUAUAUAUAAUAUAUAUAAAAAUAUACAUAUAUGUGUGUGUGUGUGAGGUGUGUGUGUGUGAGAGAGAGAGUGUGAGAUUGCGUGUGUGCGUGCUAUAUGAAAAUUUCAAGUACAUUGUGAAUUUAAACUUGAUAAAAACAAAUGUAGCUGUACAUAAUAUUCCAGUCUCUACAUAUAACCAGCCCAGUGAGAGGAUAGCAUAUUUUUGUGAUGUUGUUUAAAAAAAAAAAAAAAAGAAUACGUAUUAGCGCGUGUGAAUAGAAGACAAAGCUGUAAACAGUUACGACUCUAAGUUUUUAUUUUUCUUUUUAUGACAAACAGAACACAAAUAUUCUGUAAAUACUCAAGUUGAAUAUUUUUGCUAAGUGUCUCUACUCUCUAGGGCUGUCACUUGUGUUCCAAUGAAUUUUACUUGUUCAUAAUUUUCUUAAUAGACAACACCACCUCCCCCUGCCCGCUCACUUAUAAAGACCUCGCAUAUAUUUGCUAUAAUUACACCAGUAAUGGCCUUUUUUAAAUGUUUUGCAGUGUGUGAGGGGUGAGUGAGCAGCAGAGUAACCGUUGCUCACACUCUUGUAACAGACAUAAUGAUUUUCUUAAUGUCACAUGCUAAGCUACGCUAAAAGUAACCUAAACAGUGUGAGUAUACAAUUCUGAUGUUAACGAAUAUAUAAAAUACACAGACACACAGAUGUAACACCAAAGCAGUUAAAAACAGUAUAAUUUAUGUUCCAUUAUCUAGAGAAACAUUUUUGACACGAUUCUGACCUGAAAGAGUUUUGCUGAAAAAUUGGUGCUCGAAUUUACACAGCUCUAACAGCCCCGUGGAGAUUAGCCAAAACAGCAGCCACCAUCUUAGAACAUCACUGAGUUCCUCCAGAUUGGCAAAAAUAUUGGUUUGUUACCUCAGGUCUUUAAGGAAUGCUGUAGCAGUUCAUCUAAGAAAAGUCCUUCAGUCAACCAGGGUGGUGAGCAUUUUGACACGUGUCCUACUCUCCAGGACAACUGCACAUAAUGGUUAAAAAAGACAUAUGCUGGGAAUUUCACACACAUUUGCUCUUAGGUGUGUUCAGCCAAGGUGUUGUGUUAAACAAAGCACCAAACCCAUUGUGUUCUAAUUCUUUGGUGGCUACCUGAUGUACUGAGGCCGGACCACCGGUCGAUGACCGAGGUCGAUCCGUUCAUACAAGAUGUGCACAAAUUACCUGCUGAUUUUGUAACACAAAGAUUUAACAACUGUGCUGCUUAAGAGACACCUAUCAUUCAUGUCAUUUUAAUUAUUCUGCUUUGUUUUAAUUAGCUUUUUAUUAUUUGGCUCAAACAUACAUAUCCAUACAUAUCCAUAAAAACACAUCUACAGACCUGCAUAUACAUUUGGCAAUAAGUAAAAAAUAAAAUAUGACAGCAAACUAAACAUUAAAAAAUAGCAAAUCAAAUUAGAAAAUAUAAACAAAUAAAUACAACAAAUGUUUUUUUAUAAAAGUUUGUAAAGAGUAAUUUUUAAAAAAUGUAAUUGGCAGCUAGAACCUAGACGUCCCUUGUUUUUUUAGUUCAGCUGAAUUUUAACACUUAAAAAAAUAAGGUAGACAAAGGAAGACGCAUCCUCUGUGUUUUGACCCACUCAGAACUGGCUGACAAAUGCAGCCACCAAUGCAGCUUAAAAAAAUGUAAAAUUGCACAGGAAACCUGUGCUCAAAAGACAGAACGUACCCCUGGAAAUACAGAAGGAUUAUCAGGAUAUCGGUAUUACGUCAGUGAUCCUGAUGUAACCCAAUUACUGUGGCUGCAGCUGUAGCUCAACACACAGUACCUUAGUGAGUAGCUCCUUAACGGUUGCUAUCCUAAAUUCGAGUUGAAAGUGGAGCAACCUCUGGUGGAUUACACAGGAAUAGCUUCAGAUCGUUUUAGUUGAUGAUAUUGAUGUGUGUUUUUGUAUUUUGUUUUUUGUUUUUUUGUUCUUAAUAUUUUUUGAUGUCUUCUCUUAGGUUUAAGAAAACAUAUUUUAGUUCUGGAUAAAAAGUAACAGCCCUAUGACAUACCAGCAUUGUCAAGAUGUUAGAUCAGUGAUUCCCAACCACUGUGCCGCAGCACAUCCGUGUGCCGAGAAAGAUCAUCAGGUGUACCAUGGAAGAUUAUCCAAUUUCACUCAAAUGGUCUCAAAACUGUUAUUUAUUUAUUUUAAAUAAUGUAUCUUUGUGUGUCUAUUUGACAGUGACAGAUGAUUUAAAUUGGCAGAUGGCUAAUCUGUGUAUCUACCUGUUGCCAUUUAAACGCUACACUUAGUAGCUCUGAUGUAAAGAAUUGUCUCAAAAAAGUUGGGAAGCUCCGUUUCUGUUCUUGGAUCACGCAGCACCGCCUGUUAUCUGGUCCAUUCUUACUUAAUGAAUUUGCAUGAGUAAACCUUUCAGUACCAUACCUCAGCCUUAGAGGGUUUCACGAUGGAAUCAUUGGCAGGUUAUAAUUUCCUUUUUUGCAGCGAAGCACCUGAAUGACAUAACACUGAAAUGAUAAUAAAGUGAGUAAUUUUGCACUGUGAGUAGAUUGCAGUACAGGCCAAUUUACUAUUUGCACAUGUAAAUGUCGCGUUUACAGAAAAAAAAAAACAGGCCUUUUGCUGUGGUACUGUGUAAAGGCGUUUUGGGUUGAUGUGUUGUACACUAUAAUUAUAUAAACACCCGACAGUUUUGAAGAGAGUUAGCAACUUGGAGAAUGGUAAACGAGAAGUUGCAAUGUACAUUUAUUUAUACUAUGUAUGACCCCUGCGUCAACAGAAGAUAUUUAUACAGGGUCGACAUUUCAAACUGAAUCUUUGCUGUCUGUUGUUUCACCAGGGUGUCACACUUUGACUCUUGUGACAAAUGUUUGUUAAUAAACGUCCUGCUUUUUUUUUUUAAAUGUCACUGAAGGGGAGUGAGUGAAUGUUUGUGUGUGUGUGUAUGCCUAUCGUCAACAACCAACAUUGUAAGGACACUUUGUCCAUGUGGGGAUAAAUUUAAGAAUAAACACUAUGUUUGGGGUUUCGAUUACGAUUCAAUUUUGGAUAAGAUUUAAAAUUAGGAAUGUAUGUGGGGUGUGUGACAUACAAUAAAGGGUUUGGGGUUAGACUAUGCAUUAUUAGAAGUCCUCACAAACCAGAAAUGUGGGUGUGGGUGUGUAAUAAGAGAGAGAAGUGCUGCAGUUGAUUUUUUUUUUUUUUUUAACCUUCCUCUUGUCUCGUUUCUCUUUGUGUCAAAACAACCAGGUAAAGAAAAUGCUGGAAACUUCUAAAAGUAAUGGGUAUAAUUAAAUAAUAAUAUGAAAUGAGUAAAAUAAAUUGUAAUGUUCAUAUGAAGAAAAUAAGGUAACAAAGCAUUUGAAAAAAAGAUUAUUCGUUGACGAAUUUAAGUUUAAUCAGAGUUUUAUUAAUGCAUUCUUGUGGUUUAUAUAUCAAUGAUUGUAAUAUACUAUUAAAAUGUACUGU